CGUCUGUUAGUGGUGGCAGACAUGAACUGGUUGUCCCUACAGGUCUUGCUUGGCGGUGUCAGCCAGUACUCCACAGUCUUUGGACGUGUCUGGCUAUCUGUGGUGUUUAUCUUCCGUGUCCUGGUGUUUGUGGUGGCUGCUCAGCAGGUGUGGACUGAUGAACAGAAAGACUUCAUCUGCAACACUGAACAGCCGGGUUGUACUAACGUUUGCUAUGACAAUUUUUUCCCCAUCUCCCACAUCCGUCUAUGGGCUCUCCAGAUCAUUUUUGUCACUUGUCCGUCUCUCAUGGUGGCCGCUCACGUCAAGUAUCGUGAAAUGAGGGAUCAAAAGUACACCAAUGUCCACAAGGGUGAACACCUGUACGCCAACCCAGGGAAGAAGCGUGGAGGGUUGUGGUACACCUACAUACUCAGCCUGGUUUUCAAAGCCGGCUUUGAUGCAGGCUUCCUUUAUAUUUUGUAUAUAAUUUAUCAAUUCGAUAUGCCAGUACUCACAAAAUGUUCUGUGGAACCUUGUCCAAAUACAGUUGACUGCUACAUCUCCCGUCCUACAGAAAAGAAAAUAUUUACCCUCUUUAUGGUGGUCACCUCUUCGGUAUGCAUCUUUAUGUGUAUCUGUGAGAUUUUCUAUCUGAUUACCAAAAAAGUUCAAAAGUGCCUUCUCAGAAAGCAAGAACUGAAACCCGUCAGAAAGCCCAAUUACAUUCGGGUGGAUCCUACAGCCUCAUCAAACAAGAAUUUCAGCAAAUCUGAAGAGGAAUUUUUUUCAAGAUUGCUAUAUGAUCACUUCUCUUGA